CGUCGGGCGUGGUCCGAUGAGGACAACCUCUGCACAAAACUGUGCUCAGCGGGCGACUCUGCAGCAUUCAGCCUGACGCCGGCCAUGAUAGUGACGUGCCGUUCAUCCGGGCUGUCCACGGCAAGGCCAGCGCCGGCAGCACAGUAUGACAAGGGAUAGCUGCGGGCAAGGAGGCUUUUGGCCAGCCUGGGGUGGGGCGAGCCUGGAGGGCAGCUGUCAGGGAGAGCCCAGUGCCCACUGGUGCCACGGCCCGUUCAACCUCUUUCACUCCUAAUUCCCAGCCUUCCUGAUAACCUGCCAGGUUGGUGUUGGCUCCUGUCACAGCUGAAGAUGCAGAGUCACUCGGCAGGGCUCAGGGGCUCCCUGGAGCCACCCCCAUGGCAGGACGGGGUCUGCCCUCACCCUGCGGCAGCCUGGUUGCUCUGGGGGUCAUGAAGGAGCUCCGCUGGGGCCAAGUCCUUGCCUCAGACAGGAUCGCAACAGGCCCUGGGAGAAAGCUGGUGCCGCGGCCUCCUGGAGAGAGCCACCCUGGGCCCGGGAGUUGAUAGUCCAGUGCCAGGUUCCGGUUCUGCCUGUCUUGUUCCAGGACCAGAUAAGCACAUCUCCACCUUGGCCUCGGUGUCCUCAUGGGAAAAGGAGGCUGGCAACACCUUCCGCCCAGGGGUCCUGAGGAGGCCCCAAGCAGAGGUGUGGGGGGAGUGGGGGUGCCGUGUGCACCGUCGGGUGAGGAGUUCUGCUCUGUCCCUCGUGCCAGUCUCCAGAUCUCUUGGCUCCUGGGACUGGGCUCAGCGGUAUUACUGCUCCUCGGAGUGCUCCGCGCCCCCAGCUUGUCUUGGCAAUGCGCGGGGCCUCUGGCAGCAUGCAUGAGUAUGAGGGGUGGAUGGGGCCGCUCCCAUGGCCUUCCGAGCCUUUCCGUCCGCGCCUGCUGCUCUGGGCCCUGCUGGUACUGGGACAGCCACACACAGCCACCCUGUUCCCUGCAGUUACCCCGUGGCCUCGUGGCUCCCCGUCUCGGUGUCCCACAAAGGGCUGCUGCUGCUUUGAUGGUGUGCACCGCAGGGCAGUCCGUACGGCGCGCUUCCAGGCCACGUGGGAAGUGGUACAGCCAGGGUGCACGCCCAGACCCCCCGGCCCCAGACCCGUGCUCCGCCUGCAGUCCUCCAACAAACAAACCAGAGCGCGAUGCUCGCAUCAGAAGACGUCCUGGGCCCCCUCGGCACAUGCUGGGGUCCGGGGGGCGGGGGGCUGCAUUUCCUAGGCAGCCUCAGUCUCCUGCACAGCUGUGCGGCCUCAGCGCCGCCGGGAACCAGGGGCUGGGUACUGCUCGGGCUGCUCAGAUUGGUCCCCCCUUCAACCACUCUUAUUUCCCAAGAACUGAGGACAACGGUCCAUCCGCCACCAGCCAUCAGCGGCAUCUCUGGUGUCGGACAGCCUCAGUUACCCUCCUGACGGUGUCCUCCCCAGGACCAGCACAUGCCUCUGCUGUAUCAGCCCACCCUGGGGUCCCAGGGGUCGCUGGUUGUGGUGUGGAGGGAGGGGCUGUCUGGGUCUCAGUCCUGAGAAACAAGCAGAAAAUAGACUGAAGUGCAGUGUGUUCUCAGGGCAGGAUCAGGGGCGGCUGAUUUUCCUCUUCUCUGUUUCCUAAGUUUCUCCUAAUGUGGAUGACGGUUUUAUAGUGAAGAGAACUAACAGCUCUAUGCUCCUGGGGUUCAGGAAGCAGGCAAGGGGAUCUGUCUGAAAGGAAAGAAAGAAAGUGAUUCCAGAUUAGCUGCUGUGGAGGAUUGGGCGGCUCCAGUGCCACUGAGUGACCCCAGUGUGAUGGGACUGUGCCCGGCCUGGCCCUCUAAUGGCCAUGUGUCCUGUUCUAGCUCAC